AUGUCUGACCCAAAGAGCGAAACCCAUGAGUUCACGGCUGAGAUUUCUCAGUUGAUGUCGUUGAUCAUCAACACGGUUUACUCCAACAAGGAAAUUUUCUUGAGAGAGUUGAUCUCCAAUGCCUCAGAUGCCUUGGACAAGAUCAGGUACCAGGCCUUGAGCGAUCCCUCGCAGUUGGAGACGGAGCCAAAGUUGUUCAUUAGAAUCAUCCCCCAGAAGGAGCAAAAAGUGUUGGAAAUUAGGGAUUCUGGUAUCGGUAUGACCAAGGCUGACUUGGUCAACAACUUGGGUACUAUUGCCAAGUCCGGCACCAAGUCCUUUAUGGAGGCGUUGAGUGCAGGUGCUGAUGUUUCCAUGAUUGGUCAGUUUGGUGUUGGUUUCUACUCGCUUUUCUUGGUUGCUGACCACGUGCAAGUGAUUUCUAAACACAAUGAUGACGAGCAGUAUAUUUGGGAGUCCAAUGCUGGCGGUAAGUUCACGGUUACCUUGGAUGAAACCAACGAAAGAUUGGGACGCGGUACCAUGUUGCGUUUGUUUUUGAAAGAAGACCAGUUGGAAUACUUGGAAGAAAAGAGAAUCAAGGAAGUUGUCAAGAAGCACUCGGAGUUUGUUGCUUACCCAAUCGAAUUGGUUGUCACCAAGGAAGUUGAAAAGGAAAUCCCAGAUGACGAAACCUUGACCAAGGAUGAAGAUGAGCAAGUUGACGAUGAUAAAAAGCCAAAGUUGGAAGAAGUUGAAGAUGAAGACGGAAACAAGGAGAAGGAGAAGAAGACUAAAAAGGUCAAGGAGGAAGUUAAAGAAACCGAGGAGUUGAACAAGGUUAAGCCAUUGUGGACGAGAAACCCACAAGAUAUUACUCAAGAAGAAUAUAAUGCUUUCUACAAGUCAAUCUCCAACGACUGGGAAGACCCAUUAGCUGUCAAGCACUUUUCAGUUGAAGGUCAAUUGGAAUUUAGAGCCAUUUUGUUUGUUCCAAAGAGAGCUCCAUUUGAUGCUUUUGAAUCCAAGAAGAAGAAGAACAAUAUCAAAUUGUACGUUCGUCGUGUUUUCAUCACCGAUGACGCUGAAGAGUUGAUUCCAGAAUGGUUGAGCUUUAUCAGAGGUGUCGUUGACUCUGAAGACUUGCCAUUGAACUUGUCAAGAGAAAUGUUGCAACAAAACAAGAUAUUGAAAGUUAUCAGAAAGAACAUUGUCAAGAAGAUGAUUGAAACUUUCCAGGAAAUCUCUGAAGAUCAAGAACAAUUUGACAAGUUUUACAGUGCAUUCUCCAAGAACAUCAAGUUGGGUAUCCACGAAGACACUCAAAACAGACAAGCCUUGGCUAAAUUGUUGAGAUACUACUCGACCAAGUCGACUGAAGAAAUGACUUCCUUGACCGACUAUGUUACCAGAAUGCAACCACACCAAAAGAACAUCUACUACAUCACUGGUGAAUCAUUGAAGGCUGUUGAAAAAUCGCCAUUCUUGGAUGCCUUGAAAGCCAAGAACUUUGAAGUUUUGUUCAUGACUGACCCAAUUGACGAAUACGCCAUGACUCAAUUGAAGGAGUUUGACGACAAGAAGUUGGUUGAUAUCACCAAGGAUUUUGACUUGGAAGAAACCGAAGAGGAAAAAGCCAAGAGAGAGCAAGAAACCAAGGAUUUCGAACCAUUGACUAAAGCAGUGAAGGAAAUCUUGGGUGACCAAGUUGAAAAAGUUGUCAUUUCCGACAAGUUGGUUGACGCACCAGCCGCCAUUAGAACUGGUCAAUUUGGUUGGUCCGCCAAUAUGGAAAGAAUCAUGAAGGCGCAAGCUUUGAGAGACACCACCAUGUCAUCGUACAUGUCCUCGAAGAAGACUUUUGAGCUUUCGCCAAAAUCACCAAUCAUCAAGAACUUGGCCAAGAAGGUGGAAGAGGAUGGACCAGAGGACAAGACCGUUAAGGACUUGACCACUUUGUUGUUUGACACUGCCUUGUUGACCUCGGGUUUCACUUUAGAAGAGCCAUCCAACUUUGCUCACAGAAUCAACAGAUUAAUUGCAUUGGGUUUGAACAUUGAAGAUGACGAGCCAGAAACUGAAAUUCCAGCAACUGAAGCUGCUGCUUCCGCUACUACCGACGAUGCUGCCACGGAAGAGCCAGCUGGUGAAUCAGCCAUGGAAGAGGUUGAUUAA